CAAGCCACCGUCGGGCGGGCAUCCCUUUAAACUUGGGCGUCAGCUUGGCAGGCACGAAGCAGAAAUGUCGGAGAAGUCGGAGGAACUGAUGGAUUUUGAAGAAGAGGAGGUGGAGAACGCGUCCCAGUCUUCACAGGUGGGGGACGCAUACCAGUCUUCCCCGGACCGUCGUGAAGUCUAUGGACAGGGCCUUCUUUGCGACAUCGAGGCGGCCUGUCCCAUGGCUCUGGCUGCAGCUUACCGCUCGGGCAGCAUCACCCUCCGGGACAUUGUGGACGCGGCCCGCCUUUCCUCCCCUCACCCCCUUGCCGUCCGCACUGUUGACUUUUACCUAGACGAGGAGGAGUUCGUUGAGAUGUCUAACGAUGAAGCCGACGCGUGGACACAACUCCAGACCAUCUUCAACCGGCGGCUGCAGGCUGAGCUCGACAAGGCGGCGAAGGACGCGGAGCAACGGGCCCGCUCAGAGGAGGCCGCUCAGAGGGCUCGGGAGCUAACAGCUCAGCGGGAGAGGGAGGAAGAAGCUGCGCGGGCCGUGCAACGGGAGCGGGAGCGCGAGGAAGCGGAGAGGCGCGCGAUAGAACAGCGGCGAGCGGCCAGGAGGCAACU